AGGAUGUGGCGUGUGUUAGUGAGCGGGGCUGUGCUCUUUCCUGGCUUGUUUCUAGCCUUGAGGAAAACCCUGCCGGUUAUUUUCCGGCGUUGGAGUGAUGCCGAUGUGGUGCUGGUUAGUGAGAGGCUGGUCUCCUCUGUUCAUGCCAUCAUGGCCACCACGGCUGGAAUCAUCGUGGUGUCCUCGUGCAGAGAGAACGUGAUAACAGACAGACACUGGCUGGCCACCUCAUUUGUGCUCAGUUAUGGAGUACCCUACAUGGCAUACGAUGUCUUUGCUAUGUACCUGAGCCAUUAUUACCGUUUCCACGUCAAAGGCCAUGAGGAUUACAGAAGACACUCACUGAGGACAGUCAGCUUAUUUGUGAGGAAAGAGUUCCUGCUGGUCCUUCAUCACAUCGCACUCCUCGCCAUUCUUCUGCCUGUGACACUGUUCUUCAGGAGGGAUCAAGGUGACUUCUUCAUUGGCUGCCUCUUCCUUACAGAAAUCAGCACACCUUUUGUUUCACUCGGCAAAAUCUUGAUUCAGUUGGGUCUGCAAGACUGUUGGCUGCACAAAGUGAACGGUUGCAUGGUGCUCCUGAGCUUCUUCCUGUGCCGCAUUACACUCUUUCCCUACAUGUACUGGGUGUAUGGAGAGCACUACAACCUCCCAGUCUAUGCCGUGCCCCUGCACAUCCCACUCUAUGCUAACUUGGGCAACAUGUGCAUCCUCGCACCACAACUCUACUGGUUCAUCCUACUCUGCCGAAAGGGCUACCGUCUUUACAUGCGCCAGCGCAGCACCAACCAGCAUGACUCAACCGAAUCACCUCACGCCAAGUCAGAAUAGAGUACGGAGAUAUGGU